GUCUACUUUCUGUCUUUUGCAUAAUCCAAGAAACCCCACCCACAUUUUUUUUUCUUACUUCUACCAUUUUUCCGGCUGAUCAGCAACAGUAUCAAAUCGUCCCGGACUGUAAAUGGAUAGAAUGAAUGUGGCAGAUUACUUGCAGCGGAUUGGGUAUAAAGGCCCCUUUCAAAAAGCCGACCUGGAGACCCUGAACCAGAUCCACAAGCUGCAUGUAGAUUCCAUCCCUUUUGAGAAUCUCAGCAUACACUGUGGAGAGAAGAUCACCAUGGACCUGGCCGUUAUCUAUGACAAGAUUAUAAGGAAGAACCGUGGAGGCUGGUGCUGUGAGAACAACUAUCUCUUUUCCUGGGUGCUGAAGGAGCUGGGCUACAACAACACAGUUUUGGGGUCGAGGGUCUUCAACAACUUUCUGAACCAGUACAAUCCCAGGGAGAGCCACUUCAUCAAUAAAAUUGACAUCGAUGGUGUGUCAUACAUUGCCGACGUUAGCUUCGGGGUGUCUGGUCAGAUCUGGCAGCCCCUUGAGCUUACGGUGGAUAAGGACCAGCCACAGCUGCCCGGAGUCUUCCGCUUAAUAAAGGCCGACGGAAUGUGGGUUUUGCAGAAAACGAGUAGAAAGCAAAUAAUUCCAAAUGAAGCAUUUGCCAAGUCUGACCUGUUGAAUAAAAGCAUCACAAAAAAAAUCUAUGGGUUCACCUUGGCACCACGUCAGCCUGAACACUUUAUGGAGACCAUCCAAUUCCUCCAGACCUCCCCAGAGUCAUUAUUUGUGCAAAAGUCCAUCUGCUCCCUACAGACACCCACUGGGUUCCAUGCUCUCAUUGGCUGGACCUACACUGAGGUCACCUAUAACUAUGAGGAAGGUGCUGAUCUAUUCAACAUUGAAAAUAUACCGAAAGAAGAAGUGGAAACAGUUUUGAAAGACAAGUUUAAUCUCUUGUUAGAAAAAAGACUUGUUCCUUUAAACAACAAGGCUGCAUAUACACUCUAAGGAUCCAAAAUUCAAGGCACAGUCUGUAGCACAAUCACUUGCCACCCAACCGCUUCAUUGAAGCUCACAGAAACAAAGCUUGAAAAAAGGACUAAUUCUAACUAUUCCUUAAUUUUUUUGAUUUACUGGGCAUUUGUACUAAAAUAAUUUGUGUAGAGAUGUACUUAGUUUGAUUGAAGAACAGAUAUAAGGUGAUGUGUAAGAUAUAGUGUGUUUGGGAGAUGACCUAAUCCAUUUCACACAGUCCAAUAACCACCAUUUAAGGCAACGGAUUUUCAUAGACACUAAGAGAAAAUAUUAAAUAUCACAGUGGAUAAGCUUU